GACAUGGCUGAAUCUGGCAAGAAUCUUUUUGAAAAAUUUGUGAAACGUGGUGGAGGAAAGGGUGCAGGAUUAGGUGCUGGGAUUUUGGCAGUUGGAGCUGCUAUUGAGGCUGGUCACCGAGCAAUAAUCUUUAAUAGAAUUGGUGGCUUGGGAAAUGAAAUAUACAAGGAAGGACUUCACUUUCGUGUUCCUUGGUUUCAGUAUCCUAUAAUUUAUGACAUUCGGGCAAGACCCAACCAAAUACGAUCACCAACUGGAAGUAAGGAUUUGCAAAUGGUCAACAUUGGAUUAAGAGUCUUAUCUCGUCCUGAUCCUAAUCAAUUGCCAAAAAUCUACAGGACUCUUGGACUUAAUUGGGAGGAGCGAAUACUCCCUUCUAUUUGUAAUGAGUUCAAUGCAUCACAACUGAUAACGCAACGUCAACAAGUUUCUAUGUUAGUUAGGAAGGGACUUAUCGAGCGUGCUUUGGACUUUAACCUUAUACUUGAUGACGUGGCCCUUACCGAGUUGGCAUUUUCUCCUCAAUAUAGUGCUGCUGUUGAAGCAAAACAGGUUGCUGCUCAGGAGGCGCAACGUGCGAGUUUCUACGUUGAAAAAGCUAUACAACAACGUCAAGAGAAAAUUGUUCAGGCGGAAGGAGAGGCACAAUCGGCAAAAAUGUUGGGAGAGUCUAUGAAAAAUGAUCCUGGGUUUCUCAAGCUUCGCAAGAUUCGUGCAGCUCAGAAGAUUUCUAAGGCUAUUGCACAUUCGUCAAAUCGUGUCUUCCUUCCAUCUGAUGGAUUGUUUCUGAAUUUGGGUGAUGAUGACUAUCUCGAAAUCAAGUCUAAAGUUAAUCGAAGCCGUUAA